AUGUUGCUCGAAGAUGACGACGAUACGUACUUUGAUGCCUUGCAGAGAGGCGACUACGAUAUCCCGGAGGAGACUGAAGAGGAAAGGAGGAAGAAAGAGAGGGACGCUGCAAAGAAGCAAACGAUCCAAGGUCCCGACUCGGAUGAAUCUGUUGUAGAAGAUUGGCUGGUUGUGAAAGGUGGAAAGAUACUGCUCCUGAAACGCAUGUCGGAUGAACUGCUAAAGAGAAGUCAUAAAGUCUUGAUUUUCUCCCAGUUUAAGACGGUGCAGCAAUGGUUAACUCACUGCAAAGACUUGGAGCACUGUUGA